UUUUAAAACAUAACGAUAACAGACUACCUGGAGUAGGAACUUAUGAAACUGCAGUAGGCCUAUAUUUAUGUAAAUUAUGUAUUAGAUGGUGGAAAUAAGUGAAUUAAGGGUACAAUGUAGAGAGACGAUUAGAAGUCACAUGACAGAAAUGUAACCAGUGUUACUGUUAAAUAUGUUUGAUAACAUAAAUGCAAAAGUUACUGUAUAUUAGUUUAGAGUUUGAGACAUUAUAAACAGCAGCAUGUGUUACUAGACCUAAUAUUAUGCACUCCAGUCCAAAAAUGUAUUUCUAUAUCAUCCACACACACUUUAUGAGAAACCCAACCUCCCCAUCUCUCUCUCUCGCUCUCUCUCUCUCAAACCCACACCAGGUUUAGUCUGAAGUUGUCAUUACUCGUGUGUUAGUGUAAAAGCACUUUCCUUUAAACCACGACUCAUUUCUCUGCAAACAUCCUGAGUGAGAAUAGUUUGGGCGAUGUUUCACUCGUUUGUCUUGUGCUGUUUUUGCUUGUGCCAUUUGGCUGGUGUGUUUGCUGAUACAGCCCCAGUGAAGUCAGUGUCAGUGAUGGAGGGAGAUUCGGUCACUCUACACCCUGAUGCUGAACUACAGACAGAUGAUGUGAUCCAGUGGAGGUUUGGAUCUGAAAACACUCUCAUAGCUGCCAUCAACCGAGGGACUGGAAGCUUCUCCACAAUUACUGACAGACUGACACUGGACAAGACGACUGGAUCUCUAACCAUCACAGACACCACGAUCACAGACGCUGGACUUUAUCAGAUCAGAGCGAGCAUCAUAUACAGAUUCAGUGUUACUGUCUAUGCUCGUCUGCCUGUUCCUGUCAUCAGCAGUAACUCUUCACAAAAUCCCUCAUCAUCAUCAUCUUCAUCGCAGCAGAAUUGUUCACUGGUGUGUUCAGUGGUGAAUGUGGGUCAUGUGACUCUCUCCUGGUACAAAGGAAACAGUUUAUUGUCCAGCAUCAGUGUGUCUGAUCUCAGCAUCAGUCUCUCUCUACCUCUGGAGGUGGAGUGUCUGGAUGAUUUCUACAGCUGUGUUGUGGCUUAUUCAUUCACAAACCAGACCACACUUCUCAACAACACUCAGCUCUGUCAACCAUGUUCAGAAUCUGUCCACUGCUGUGGUUCUACUGAAGCUGUGAUCCGAUUGGUCGUUUCCACUCUGGUGGGCGUGGCUACUGUCGCUGUGCUGGUUUAUGACAUCAGACCCAGGAAAGAAGAACAGCAGAGAAGUCAAGACCUCAUACCAACUAACCAUGCUCUCGUACCAGACAGCAAGAAACUUAAAGAGGAGGAUGAGAUGUAUGAAGGUGUGAGUUUGACACCUAGUACAUCCAAGCAGUCUUGGGCUCAUGAACUCUCUAUACACAAACACCACAACUGAUUUCAUACAAGCUUAAAAGGACACAGACAACUCAGGUUAUUUGUGGGCGCUUCUGGGGUUAAAUGUUAAUGCCUAUUUAUCAGCCCCCUUUUAAGUCCACUUAUAUUGUAAACAUCAAAGUACUGAGGUCACUCGCAGUGAACUGAAAGUAAUUCACUGAAUGCAUUUAACACUCGUGCAGCUCCAUUUGUGAGUCAAACCGAAACCUGCUGUGGUCUUGUGACAUAGAUCUGCUGGACAAACAGCUU